GGCGUGACUCUGGUGUCACUCAGCGCGCCGGAGUCGCGAUGCCUUUCACAGAGGGUAGAGUUCGUGGCUGGCAGAUUUGGGUGACGCACCUCAGCCAAGAGGACGAACCGAGAUGGAGAGCGGAGGGGUGUCCUGCCCCGGCCGCGCCGGAAGCACGGAAGGCUAAGCAACGCGAGCUGGCCGCCAUUGGUCUGCCUCCAGUGACGUCCCUUGGCAGAGGCCUCAGGGAUUCUCCCGACUGCUUGGAAAGACAGAAUCAACCAAGAGGGCAGACAACUGUGACCCCAAUUGGCAUUGUCAUGUCUGAAGUCAUCCUUCUUUUCGCUUUUUACAAUGUCUCAAUCGUUUAUUGUCUGAUCUCACUUCUACAUAAAUUACUUCCACAUGGACAUUUGUACCCUGUUGAUUGACAUCAAGGGAGAGAAGUUUCAAGAAGGUGGUGUAUGAAGCAGCAAGUUUAAUGUCUGGAAAUGUGGUCCCAAGUCCUUACUCUACUACUUGCCCUUGUGGCUUUCUGGACCCACCACUCAAGCUGAAACUUCAGAUUCUUCAUCUGUAGAAAAUUGUGACAGAUCACCCAGUAGACAUGAUGAACAUCAAAGCCUUCACCUUGGUCUCUGCAGUGGAACGGGAGCUGCUGAUGGGUGACAGAGACCACAUCAGCAUUGAGUGUGUGGAGUGCUGUGGCAGGAAUCUCUAUGUCGGCACCAGUGACUGCUUCAUUUACCACUUCCUGCUGGAGGAGAAGGCCACACCUACAGGGACAGCUACAUUCAUUGCCACCAAACAGCUACACAGACACCUGGGCUUCAAGAAACCUGUGAACGAGCUGUGUGCAGCCUCAGCUCUCAAUAGGCUGCUGGUGCUCUGUGACAACUCUAUAACCCUGGUUAACAUGCUGAACCUGGAGCCAGUCCCCUCAGGAGCCCGCAUCAAAGGGGCUACAACAUUUGCAGUAAAUGAGAACCCUGUGAAUGGGGACCCUUUCUGCGUGGAGGUGUGCAUCAUUUCCGUGAAGCGCAGGACCGUCCAAAUGUUUCUGGUAUACGAGGACCGAGUACAGAUUGUCAAGGAAGUGUCCACUCCAGAGCAGCCUCUUGCUGUGGCUGUGGAUGGCUACUUCUUGUGCCUGGCCUUGACCACACAAUACAUCAUACUGAACUACAGCACAGGCCUUUCCCAGGACCUGUUUCCCUACUGCAGUGAGGAGAAGCCACCCAUCGUCAAGAGGAUAGGCAGACAGGAGUUCCUGCUGGCUGGCCCAGGAGGCUUGGGCAUGUUUGCCACCGUGGCGGGGAUUUCCCAGCGUGCCCCUGUGCACUGGUCAGAAAAUGUGAUUGGGGCAGCUGUUUGCUUUCCCUAUGUUAUAGCGCUCGAUGACGAAUUCAUCACAGUUCACAGCAUGCUGGAUCAGCAGCAGAAACAGACCCUACCAUUUAAAGAGGGUCACAUCCUGCAGGACUUUGAAGGAAGAGUGAUUGUUGCCACAAGUAAAGGAGUUUACAUCUUGGUUCCAUUACCUCUGGAAAAACAAAUACAGGAUCUGUUAGCAAACCGGAGAGUGGAGGAGGCUUUGGUCUUGGCAAAAGGAGCCCGGAGGAACAUUCCAAAAGAGAAAUUUCAGGUAAUGUACAGAAGGAUUCUGCAGCAGGCAGGCUUUAUACAGUUUGCACAACUCCAGUUCCUGGAAGCCAAAGAGCUCUUCAGAAGCAGCCAGCUGGAUGUCCGGGAGCUGAUCUCUCUCUACCCCUUCCUGUUGCCCACCUCCUCCUCCUUCACCCGGUCUCACCCUCCUCUUCAUGAGUACGCAGACCUGAACCAGCUGACCCAAGGUGACCAGGAGAAGAUGGCCAAGUGCAAGCGCUUCCUCAUGAGCUACCUGAACGAAAUCCGCAGCACAGAGGUAGCGAAUGGUUACAAGGAAGACAUCGACACGGCCUUGCUCAAGCUGUAUGCAGAGGCUGACCAUGACAGCCUACUGGACCUCUUGGUCACUGAGAACUUCUGCUUGCUGACAGACAGUGCUGCCUGGCUGGAGAAGCACAAAAAGUACUUUGCACUGGGGCUGCUCUAUCAUUACAACAAACAAGACGCUUCUGCAGUUCAGUUGUGGGUGAACAUUGUGAACGGGGACAUCCAGGAUUCUACACGCUCAGACCUGUAUGAGUACAUUGUUGAUUUUCUUACCUACUGCCUAGACCAAGAACUGGUGUGGACCCAUGCUGACUGGCUGCUGCAGAAAAGUGAGGAGAUUGGAGUCCAAGUUUUCACCAAGAGACCUUUGGACGAGCAGCAUCAGACUAGUUUUAAUCCAGACGACAUUAUUAGUUGCCUUAAGAAGUACCCUAAAGCCCUGGUUAAGUAUCUGGAACAUCUCGUUAUCGACAGGAGAUUGCAGAAAGAAGAGUAUCACACCCACCUUGCCGUCCUCUACCUGGAGGAGGUGCUUCGGCAGAGGGUACCCACUGGAGGCAAGGACAUAGAAGCCACUGAGACACAGUCCAAACUCCGGAGGCUGCUCCAGAAGUCUGAUUUGUACCGCGUCCACUUUUUGAAAGAGAAAAUCCAGGGUGCUGGCCUGCCCAUGGAAAGUGCCAUCCUCCAUGGGAAGCUGGGUGAGCAUGAAAAGGCCCUGCACAUCCUGGUGCACGAGCUGGGGGACUUCUCUGCAGCUGAGGACUACUGCCUGUGGAGCUCCGAGGGUCAGGAUGCAGCCUGCCGUCAGCGCCUCUUCCACACACUGCUCUCCAUGUACCUCAGUGCAGGCCCCUCUGCCCAAGAGCUGACUGUGGCUGCUGUGGACUUACUGAACCAUCACGCCAGGGAAUUUGAUGCCACCCAGGUCCUACAGCUGCUGCCUGACACCUGGUCGGUGCAGCUUCUCUGCCCAUUCCUCACAGGGGCUAUGAGGGACAGCAUCCAUGCCAGGAGGACCACACAAGUGGCUCUUGGCCUGGCCAAAUCAGAAAACCUGAUUUACAUGUAUGAUAAGAUGAAGCUGAAGGGAAGCGUAGUUCAUCUCUCAGAGAAAAAGCUCUGCCAGCUCUGCCAGAACCCUUUUGGUGAACCUGUGUUUGUCAGAUACCCAAAUGGAGGGCUUGUGCAUACCCACUGUGCCGCCAGCAGACACUCAACCCCCAGCUCGCCCAGCCCUGGCACUCGGACUUGAAAAGCGUGAUUCCAGGCUACAAAGGAGAUUCUUUUCCAAACCUGUUUUUUUGUGUGUGUGUGUGUGUGUGUGUGUGUGUGUGUGUGUGUGAGAGAGAGAGAGAGAGAGAGAGCGCCAGAACAAAAGGAAGGUGUCUAGACUUGAGAGAAAUGCUAUCCCUGGGAAACAAGGGCACUUCACUGCUGAUUGUUCUGUGAAUGUAAAUGGAAAAGGCCUGAACACCCCCCCUCCCCCCAGGAUAGUGACAGGCCAGAGUCUACCUGUCCAGGAGGUUACAGUCAUCCAAAGCACAAGCCAGCUCUGAAAAGCAGGCAAUGUAGCCUGGGUGAUCCAGACACAGGUGGGGCCUGAAAAUGAGGUCUGCCUGGCCCAGGCAAAUGUCCAGGGUGCAGAAGCCUGAGCUGGGCACCUUGCCUUUGAGGAGGAAUGCUCCUCACAUAGGCUCCACAUCUGCCCCUAAAGUGGACGGAGCAUCUGGUCUUCCCAUCCAGCUGUCAACCUCUGAAACCCUCUGCUUCGGUUACUUAAGCACUCACUGGGUGUAAAGUCCUAUGCUUCUGGCUGCCUAGCACAUGGAAAUCUAUUUAGAAAGAGCUAAAGAUUCAGUGGACAAAGGCACUUGCCACCAAGCAUGACAACCUGAAUUCAGUCCCCAGAACCUACAUGAGGAAGGAGAAAACCAACUCCCACAUACAGGCUGUCAUCUUACACACAUGUGUGAAUGCACGCAGCACAACCGCACGCACCCCCCCCACACACACACACACGGGGGUGGGGGUGGCUGGGGUCUAAGAGAAGACCUCUAAGAGAAGAGGUCUAAGUGGGAAGCUGCUUUGCCUGUCCAGAAGACUGCAACAGAAAGAAGACCCAGGUGUUUGAGGUCCCAGAAACAGGUUCCUUUUCAUCCACUUGCUGACUGGAAACACCUUGGUGGACAUAAAUAAUUCGAAUGUUUUUAUUUGACUAUUUCAUAUCAUCUUUGUAGUUUUCUCUCAUUUGAAAUUUUGUCAGUCUUACUCGUUACAGAUAUCUCUUUCCUCAUUAAAGUGUACCUCCUACUGAAUACUUGGGAAAUUCAAAGGGAAGUGUGAUCAGUACACCACUGAGCCUACCAGGAAAAGCUCAUGCUGGCCUCUGCCCUGUAGCAGGCAGCUGGCAGAGCUGCUGCCCCUGUUCUGCCCACAGGUGUUUCUGCAGGAUCUUAGGAAGCCAGGCCACCUUAUCUGCCAACACUUUCCAUGCCUGCCCUGAGCUUUCCUGAACGCUUAGAGGAAAGGUCUUAUCUGUGACCAACUGGACUUGGUGUCUGUCAUUGUCACAGACAAACUGCAGCUCUUGCCAUAUCCCUGCUCUGUUUGAAGUCUCGGAGCCAAUCCCCGGGAUGGUAACUCUGUGAGAACAUCAGAGCAGACAGCACACUCUUCUACUAAAAUGCUUGGAAAAGAAGCAUCAUCUCCUGGGCUGAUGGGAUGGCCCCAGAACACGCCCCACGCCAUCUGCCAGACCCUCCCCCCACCCCGUCCAUUCUUGACAAAAUGAUCUCUGCACUUACAAUAAUCGGUGUAUUUCUUGUCCCUUUGGGAUUCUGAGUAAGCCAGGAAGUAAACGCACCCAUGAGUGUUCAGGGAACUGACACCCUUUUCCCUACAUGUGUUGAUGUCUGAGAAUAAAUGAUGAAGUCUCCUUGCAGCUCCACUGUGUCCCAAGGAUGACUGAGAACACUCUUCUCUCACUGCAUGACAUUACAGCCUAUGAAUUGGUGUUUAAUCUUAGCACGGUCAAACCUGAAAGCACUGUUUUUCAUGCACAAAACAGGUGCAGUCUCAGAAAGGGCUUGUGACUGUUCGUUCCUAACGUGGGGGACUCUAGUCUCUUGAGUAUUAAUCGAUAAAGAGCUGCCCCUCCCCCCAAUCCUUUAAAGCAUACACUUCUACAAGGUAGCAAAUCACCUCACAUGUUACAAACUAUUAUUUCCUUCCUCACACCCUCCCAGGGGCCAUUUCACAAAUCCGGUUUUUAAGAUGAAUACAUAGCAUACUUUUGUCACAGCCCUGCUCCUUUGUGACUGUCCCCUGGGUAGCACAACAGCUGGCACUCGGCCCUUUCCCGCUUUGGCUCAGUGCAACCAUCCUGGCUGGAGCAGCACGGGCCGAGCUUGGGUCACAUUGGUAUCUGAAGAGGACCAGGGCUGUUCAAUUUGGGGGAACUUUAUCUGCUGUUGCCUACAAGGUGUUAAUGUAGGCCUGUCACCUAGGCUGUGGGCACUGGGCCUGAGCACAGAACUGAGAGCCUCUGUGAGCCAUGCUUGACACUUGUGGAGCACAGAGAAAUGGGUCACACUGUCACCUGUCUCACAACCGGGGCAGCCCUUGCUUCCCGCUUGCUCUCCCACAGGAAUCUGUCCUCCGAGCUUCCUUUGCCUCUUAACGGGUCCCAAAUCCACAAGAUGUACAAAUGUAAACUUGUUGAUUUUAUUAAAAUUCUUCUAAUUCUU